AUGGUUGUCAGACCCUUUAAAGAAAAUGAGGACCUCCUGGUCAUCAAAAAUAGUACCAACCUGCACAGCACCAAGGGUCACUGCCAUAGCAACAGCCACUCCACGAGGAAUAAAGUCUCGUCCAAAGGAAAACCCUUUGACAUGAUAUAUGUAGUUGGAGGCUGGAGUAAAGAUGACCCAUCCUGUCCAGUUGAGCAGUUCUGCCCCCAGUAUAAUGAGUGGAAAAUGACUGCUCCCAUGCUCCAUCACCGCAGUGACCCAGGGGUGUGUGCUCUGGGCGGAGCCAUUUAUACUGUGGGCGGGUCUGAUGACAUCACCUGUUUGAGCAGAGUGGAGAGGUACGAUCCAGAGUGUAACAUCUGGUCUUUGGACGUGCCCUCACUUUCUUCGCCACGGUCAAGGGUCUGUGUGUUAGAAAUGGACGGAUGUCUCAUUACACUGGGAGGUUUUGACGGCAUGACCUGCAUUAACACAGUAGAGAGGUAUGACCCGUUGAAGAACUCCUGGUCUAAGUUGACACCAAUGCUGAGGAACAGGGCAUCUGCAUCAGCCGCUAUCCUGAACGGUCAGAUUUACAUUGUGGGAGGAACAGAUGGAGACAUGCCACUGGAUUCAGUGGAACGUUUUGACCCAUUUGAGGGAUGCUGGUCUCUCUGCCCAACCAUGUCCACCAUGAGGGAAGCUUCAGCAUGCGUCAUGUUUCUUGGCUGUCUGUAUGUGGCUGGAGGACGAGAUGAACUUGGUCUGUCAUUGAGCACCGUGGAGAAAUACGACCCAGACACUCUCCGCUGGAGCCCAGUUAGGGCUAUGAACAACAAGAGGUUUCAGGUCUCUUUAGUGCUGUUUAAUGGCUUUCUAUUGGCUAUUGGAGGAUUUGACGGUGUAAGUGACCUUAAAACCAUGGAGGCUUAUGACCAUGAGACAAACUCUUGGAGACAUUUUGGCAGUAUGAAGUCCAAGCAUCCAGGUGGACAUGUGGCUUUGAUUAAGGCUGUGUGA